GAAAGAUGCGGGAGAAGCCUGGCUCGGUCCGCCUGGUGUUCCUGGGCUCGGCGGGGGUCGGGAAGAGCGCCCUCAUCCACCGCGUCCUGCACAACCGCUUCGAGCACACCUACACGCGCACCGUGGAGCAGCUGCACGUGCUGGACUGUGACGGCGGGACGCUGCGCGUGGAGAUCUUGGACACGAGCGGCAGUUUUUCCUUCCCCGCCAUGCGCGAGCUCUACAUCCGACGCGGUGACGCGUUCGCGCUCGUGUACGCGGUGGACGACCCGGGCUCGCUGGACGAAGUGCGGCGGCUGCGGGAGGACAUCCUGCGGCUGAGGAGCGACAGCGCCCCCGUGGCCGUGGUGGGAAACAAAGCGGAGCUGACGGUGAACGGAGGCCGCGCGCUGCACGCGGCGGAUGUCGCGCGCACGGUGGAGGACGAGUGGGCGGCCAGCUUCAUCGAGGCGUCCGCGCGCACAGGCGACAACGCGGAGGAAGUGCUGCGCGUGCUGCUGCAGCAGGUGGACCUGCCGCGCCCAGUGCGCAGGCGCAGAGACACGGUCCCCCGAGCAGCGAGCAAGAGGAGACCACCACUGAAGAAGAACAACAGCUGCACCAUGUCAUAGGAACUGGUUUUACUUAUCUGUACCUUGUCGUAGGAACUUGUUUACCUGACUGUACCCCAUCAUAGAAACUGGUUUUACCUGACUGUACCCCAUCAUAGAAACUGGUUUUACCUGUCUGUACCCCGUCGUAGGAGCUGGUUUUACAUAUCUGUACCCCAUCGUAGGAACUGGUUUUACCUGACUGUACUUUGUCGUAGGAACUGGUUUUACCUGACUGUGAGGACUCUGCAGGUGACCCGCUCUUGUGCAGACUGAUGUGGCCAUCACCAAACAAAUGCACUGCUAAAGUAAAAGUACAAUUCAAAACUGAAACUAUUCAUUACUGUCAUAUUCAGGAUGGGUCUCCUGUCCUUGUGAUAAUCCCCAUGUCAUCUAACAAAAAAUACAAAAGGAUUUAUUUACUAAUUGAAAUCCAGGUGCAGACAUAGCUUCAUGUGGAGAGGGCGGCGCACACGUCUAGGAUGUAUGCGUCGCUGUAGAACCUUAAA